GUUUUGCUCUGGUUGUGGACAGGAAAAGUUGGCACAAGAUGCCAAUUACUGCUCAAAGUGUGGAACUAAGUAUUCGGAAGGUGCAAAGCCCACUGGUGCGCCAAACAAGAAGUCGUUCGCUGAAUUUCGCAAGCGGAAAGAAGAUAAUCGCACGCAACAUUUUCACAAGAAAUCCAAGUUAAACACUAUCCCUACAAGUAUUCAAGAUGUUACAAUUCAGAUAGGUUUGAUGGCUACCAAAGACGGCGAAAUAAGAGUGAAACGGGGCUCCAACCUUCCAUUGAAAGUGUCGCCUGUAACCAAAUAUGACGAGUUACGAGAAAAAGCAGUGGAAAAACACAGUGUAUUCAACACUGAUAUUCUCAAUCGACCGACGGGAUUCAAACUGCUUUAUCCAGAUAAACGCAUUGCUGAGAAGGUUCCUGGCACAAAUGAGGAAUUUGUGCUUAAGUUAUACAAGGAUAAGCUGGGAAAGCCAUACAGCAGAAUAACUCUGUAUCUAGCCACCCAUAGCGACUACCUUGAGCAUCUUACUUCUGGAUUGUUCGAUGAUGAAUACUCUGAAGGCUCAGAUGACUACCAAAAGCUAGCCAGCUCCAGCACUACCACUUCUACUUCUACUUCUCUAAGCAUUGAAAAUGGCAACAACACUAGCAUAACAAAUCCAGCUGGUUCUACUCCCACUUCCUCUAGAUUGUUUGCUGUUGUUGAGGACGAUUGUGCGAAAAGCAUUACCACUUCCUUUCCCACUCCAACAACUGCAAGUGCUUUAACUAACACUAGUACAACAAAUACAUCCAGCCAAGUAGUAGUUUUUAUGCCUACUCCUACAUCUCCUAAUGAUGAUCAACAGCCAUCGACAUCUGGCUUGGUUGAAUGUCCAAUCUGUUUGGAGUUGUUUUGUUCCUCAGAUGUUGAGGAACAUGCUGCAUCUUGCUCAGCAUGGUUGUUAGAGGAUGAGCAGCCUUAUGACUUGAAAGCUGACUCAAACAAUGAAACCACAUCAAUGGCUGACUAUGAUCCUAAAGAGGCAAAAAGGAUCUUAAAAGACGAAAUCACGAAAGUUAUGGGUGGAUGGCCAACAAUACAGGUGACUAGGGUCUCUUUACGAAGAAAGUUCCUGUGGGAAGAUUUUAAAAGUGCAAGGCAAAAAAAAAUCCAACCCACAUCUGUUGUUAAAGUGGUCUUUGUUGGGGAGCCAUGUGUAGAUGAUGGUGGACCGAAAAGGGAAUUGUUUACAGAGUUGUUAUCAAUGAUGCAGACAAAGUAUUUUGAUAGUGGCUAUCCAACAACAUCGGGUGUUGCUUUGGCCAGCAAUGAUUUCAAGCUUUGUGGAGAGAUAAUGGGCAUGUCAAUCUUACAGGGUGGACCAGCUCCCAACUUCUUGGCACCACCAAUGGCAAACUAUAUCCUGGGAAAGGAGCUAUCCCCAAUCGACAUCAAGGAUUCUAAACUAAAAGAAGCUGUUGAUAAUUUAUCAAAGGCAACCACAGAUGCUGAGGUGAGAGAAUCUCUCAUGAGUGAAAGGACUUUCGAAGUACUUGGAAUGAUUGGGUACAGAAGUAUUCCACAAAGAGAAACAAUCACAUCUGCCAAGGCAAUUGUACA